AUGGCUCUAGCACUUCUGUCGGUGCCACCACUACCACGUCAUGAGCAUCUACCAGCACUGCAGUCGCCGUGCCUUGAGCAUCAAAGCUACCACUCUCGCCACCUCGACCGAAACCACCGCCAAGGUCACAUCCGCCGUCAAGUCUUGCACCAAUAUUCUCUUGUCCAACAUCUCCGCCCUCCUUUUAGCAUCAUCCUUCAGACUGGUGCUACUGUCACUCUCGCCGGUACAACUAUAAUAAUCCGGUGCAUAAGCUUCGGCGCCACUCUUGAUUCCGAGUUUGAUCCUAUUGCCACUUCUGGUAAAAUGCCUGACCACUUCAUUGUCCUCAAGGAUUCCUACAACGCCCAAACUCACCAACCUCAACACCCAGAAUUGGUCUACUCAAUGCUUCUACAUAAAUGA